UUGGCGAUUUUUCUUCCUUUAAUACGAGCUCAUAGAGAACAAACCUCUACCCCUUUCGUUCUCGGACUUUCUGGCCUUCAGGGUAGUGGGAAAUCAGCAUGGGCAGCUGCUCUCUCACAAGCACUAACUCUUCGACAGAAUCUCAAAACUCGAACCCUAUCAUUAGAUGACCUCUAUUAUGACCACCUGGAGCUUAGAUAUCUUCGAGAGGCAAACAUGAACAAUCAUCUUCUUCAGAAUCGCGGCCUGCCUGGAACUCAUAAUGAGGUUCUAGCAACAGAAUUCUUUAGCCAAGUUCUCGGCCAAACAGAAAGCCAUGUGGGCCAUAUCAUGUGGCCGGCGUAUGAUAAAAGUCUUCACAGAGGCCAAGGGGGUAGAGUUCCGGUCGAUGAGUGGGAAGAGGUAGCUCUAGGUCGAGAUCUUGAGGUUCUCAUCUUCGAGGGCUGGGCGUUGGGCUUCGAAUCCUUAACUCAAGAAGAAGUUACUACGAGAUGGGAGCAAGCUAAAGCUGCUGAUGGACAGCGUUUUCAAGACCCAUUUGUCGUCACGACAUUGGCAGAUCAUAAUCUGAGCCAUCUUUUGCUCAUGAAUGAGAAUCUGGGAAGAUACUGCGAACUGUUCACUGGACCACAACAUUAUGAUGGAUUUCUACAACUGAGCACAGAUAAUCUGGCUUAUGUUUAUGAAUGGAGGCUUAGUCAAGAGAAAGAGAUGAGAAAGCACAAGCUAGGGGGGAUGACGGAUGAGCAAGUGGUUGAGUGCGUGAAGGGGUAUAUGCCGGCUUACGAGCUAUUCCUUGAACGUCUACAAAAUAGGAACUUGUUCAAGGGCAAGGGAAAAGGUGUCAGAGAGAAGAAGCAU